GGCGGUCACUACUCUCCGAGUUGCUUCGGUCUGUCGGUGAAAUUGUUCUUAUCGGAUAAUAUCUCUGUCGGAAAUUGUAGACGCGAAAACGGGCGUCUAGUGAAGGGAUCAACUAAACGAAUCUUGACUCACCUCGGAACACCAAUACGCAUCCGCGAGAGCGCGAGCUUAUUUACCCCACUACUGUCACCCGGAUUUGGACACACCUGUUCUAGCUGAUCUUGCACUGAAACAACUUCUCUGACAUGUCGACCGCUAGCACGCAGGGACUGGUCGAUUUGGCCCAACCGCAGCAUGAUCUGAAUACCUAUGCCGGUCGCCUAUUCCAUUUCUUCAACGUUACAUCGCCGCUAACGUUAUUCGCCCCACGUUCUGAACUUCUCCUUGCCCAAGACACGGUGAAGAAGUACAAUGCGGAGAUACAGGCGCAACGGCUGCGGCCACUGCUUGUCCCACCCGAAGAGAGGGAAAUUUUUUGGAAGGCGCAGCAGCUGGUGCAAUCGUCGAUACAUCCAGACACGGGCGAACCUGUCCUACUCCCUUUCCGUCUGUCCGCAUUUGUCCCUACCAAUCUGAUUAUCUGUGCUGGCAUGUUGAUGCCCAACCCCUCGCUCCGAUCAGUGAUCUUUUGGCAAUGGGCGAACCAAUCCCUAAACGUCGGUGUCAAUUUUGCCAACGCGAACAAGUCUAUGCCUAUGAGCAUGAGCGAGGUCGGCAUGGCUUAUGUCGCAGCAUGCGCGACAUCUGUUGGGAUCGCCGUUUCCCUCACGCGCGUAGUUCCCAGGCUUCGCUUCGUCAGCGCCGGCACGCGUGCGCUCCUAUCCCAAUUUGUUCCAUUCGUCUCAGUCGCUACGGCUGGUGUGGUCAAUAUCAGCUGCAUGCGCUGGAAGGAAAUCCGCGAUGGCGUGGAAGUGUACCGCCUGAAGCAGAGAGAAGAAGAUGGAGCAGCAGAGAAGGAGGUCGUCGGCAAGAGCCGUAUUGCUGGGACGAUGGCGGUCGCUCAAACGGCCGCUAGCAGGGUGGCCACGAACAUUCCAACACUAAUCAUUCCUCCGCUCCUCAUGUCCCGCCUGAAUUUCUCGAACACUCCUCGUGGUCGAUUCCUGCAGAACGUGACCCAACUGACCGUCAUCGGCAUCUGUCUCGGCGUCUUCCUCCCACCCGCAGUGGCCAUCUUCCCACAGCAGGCAGUUGGGAACGGAAAGAGCCUGGAGAAGGAAUUCGAACACGAGGGACCACUCAUGUUCAAUAAGGGAUUGUAGCCGCUGGGCAUGCAUAGGGCGAUCCUUGGCACAUGCCUCGACUUUGGACUUGCUGAGAUAGACGCAUAGAGAUUCUUUCUACGUUGCCUUUCGAUUGCUUUCUACGUAGACGUUCACGUUUAGACAUCAUUCCACAUCAAUAGAUUGUUCCG